AGAUAAUGACAAGCCCAGAUCGAGUAUCGCCUAUUCUUUUUUUAUUCUUAUCUGAACGACUUUACAUAUGGCUCCUUAAUGACUGAAUGACUUAAGACUGAUUACUCAUGACUCAUUACUCAUGACCUAAUGACUGAUUUCCAAAGAGCUUGUGAAUCUGUAAGAAAGUCAAAGCGAUAAUAAGUAAUAAGCGAACUACUUUAAUUAGGUUAUGUGAAUACCGACAGCAUUCAUAUAUGUAUGCUAAUUGCAAUUCACAUACUUCCCCGUCUGUGCAGGUUUGCCGCAUUUCUCUUAUUUGCUCUAUUGCGUGCUUGCAUCACUACAUAGCAUACAUACUAACUCAUAACUCACUUAUCUACGCAUCGAACUCCAAAAUGCUAAACGCUGCGAUACGUGUUCAAGUCAAUGGCGUUUAAACGCUCCGCAUUAGAACGCAGAGCUGACGCAGCGGUUAAACGAUUGUUGACUCUUAGCGGCAUUAGGUUCUAAUUAAUUGCUCAUCCUUAGAGCAACCCUGAACGCGGGCUCUCCUAACGAGGAAGCAUCGCUGCCUUUGUUCGUCAACCCGGGGCGAGUCCAGGACGCAUGGGCCACGCGGCCCUUCCCAACACCCUGCUAUUGUCUCGCGGGAGGGACUCGAUCAUCAGGUACGCGAUCGCGCAGGUGUGUGGAAGUGAUCGCACACGCUAGAAUUGACUGUGGAUGGGCGGGAGGUGCUAACAAGGAGCGGUCGUCGGCGCGGCGUCGGCCUGCGCUGCACGCAGACAGCAGUCAGCUAGCAUGUGCAUGAGAGCGGACGCCUGUCGCAGCCGAGCGAGCGUGAAGCAUGCCGUGUCCCGAUGCCGACGUAGUAUUGAUGCUGGCCGCCGUGCUGCUAGUAAGCGUAACCGUCGCACGACCGGCCAACAAGACGAUCGGCGCCGACGAUGACGACGUUGUCGUCGACAAGAUCGAAUGUCCGCCUACGCCGCCGGAUUUCCUCAGGACGCUGCUGGGGCCGGCAUUCAACGAGCGAUACAUGUCCGUCGACGAGCCAGCCGACGAGUGGUCAGCCGACGAGUGGUCAGCCGACGUCGGGCGCCGACGCGACGGCAAGGACGGAGUGCUGCAGGACGCGUCGCACACGACGUCGGCGAAACCGACGCACGGUCCGUUUGUUGUCGGCGGCGACUACGAGAGAGACCUGCCGACGGAGAAGUUCUACGUCGACAUGUUUCGCAGCGUUCUCGCGCGCAUGCGCGACGACGCGCGAACGCCGACGACGGUAGCGACGCCAGUGCCAGACGAACUAGAAGCGGUGUCGGACGUCGGCGGCAAUUCGACGCGAGGCGAGAGGACGAAGCGCGCGGCGGGCGCUACCGGCGGCACGCCGUGGGGCUGCGAUUCCCGCGUCGUCUGGCACGACCUCGGUCCCGACAGAUUCCCGCGCUUUCUGCGCGGCGUCGAGUGCACGUCGUCCAAGUGCUGGUUCGGACACUUCAGCUGCCGCCCGAAGGCCUUCACGGUGAAGGUGCUGCGUCGGAAACGCGACGCGUGCAGUCAGGCGGAAGUGAACGGGUGGCGCGCGCCGCCUGGCGGCGACAUCUUUCCGACGGAGCUUCUCGAAAAGACGUGGACGUUCGAAGAACGAUCCGUGACGUUCUGCUGCGAAUGUGUGCUGUGACGUCACGGCUCUUGGCGGCAAGUGCGAGCGGGUGACGAUCGUAUGAUUCGACCUCACGAAUGCGCAUGCGUCAAUCGUCUAGACGGCAAAUUUUGUAUCCCGGAAGCGCACGUAAUAGUAUUUCCGCUCUUACCGUACCAAUUUUGAGCACGUGCAGUUUGCUGGCGUGCGUGUGUCGACAGCGGUGUGUGGCGUUGAAUGAUAUGGAAACGAAGUGAACUCAAUGUAAAUAGAACUGUAAAUAAAGCAAUUGUUGUUUAUAC